AUGUCGAGAACCCAUACGAUUCUCCAUCUUGUUGCAGCUUCACAGAAGCAUGCCGUCAAUCCUGCUGACCUGGCUACCCAGACUCCUUCUAUCACCACCACCAAAGGUUCUACUCUUCAUACGUCCUCCAAGACAUUCGUUUCUCAAUUGCAAAAAUUGCCUGAGAAGCUGUUAGAUGAGAGGUCAAGGUACAUAACGAAGGAAAGGAUGUUUGUUGAUAUCAGUAGGAAGGUGUCCACUUAG